UGGAGAAGGUGACAGAGAUCCACACACACGGACGAGAGAGAGUGAUGGAGAAGAGCUCUGUCUGAUGGACAAACACAGUUUCGGCUUGGAUUCUAGACGAGUUCUUCUUUCUGUCCCGCCCACAGGAUGAUUGACAGCCCCGUGAACCAAUAGGCAGGAUGAUCGCUACCGGCGGGCUGCUGAGGAUUUCCCGGCGCCAGGACUCGCUGCGAACCAAGAACCGCGCGGAGAACAAGAAGAAGAGGAAAGCCACGAAGAAACGCAAGAACGACGUGGUGGUGGUGAAGGGCAAAGUGAAGCUGUGCUCCGUCUCUGGGCUGGUGGCGGUGCUGGGGCUUUUAAUCCUGAUGAUCGGCGUCGCCAUAACCGUACUGGGAUACUGGCCCAGAGCAAACAACGAGAAAUUCAUGCGACGAAUAAAAGAGGAGAACCUCACAAGCAAUAACGAGUUAGUGAAGUCAAACGAGCCGGACGGCGCAAAUGCCUCAUCUGGCUUCUUCAAAAGCCUGUUUGCUGGUUAUUUAUACUCGGAUGACCUCAAAGUGUUUGGACCGUUGGUGAUGGGCAUCGGGAUUUUCCUGUUCAUCUGCGCCAACGCGGUUCUCCACGAGGAUCGCGAUCAGAAAACCAAAAUAAUCAACCUGCGAGACAUUUACUCCACGGUCAUCGACAUUCACAGUUUGCGCGCCAAAGACUGCGUCCCGUUCAACAGCCUCAUCAUGCAAUCGAAGAGCGAUAAACCCGCGUCUCCGCGAAACUACAGACGCCCAUCGUGCGCGAGAAAACACAGCGUGUUUCCGAACCCCCAGUCGUUCGCCGACACGAUUUCUAGCAUAUAUCACGGACCCGAGGAGGCCUUCACGCUCCCCGUCAUCAAACUCAACAACUGCGACAUGCAGGAGAACGAGCUGGCGCGGCGGAAGAGUUGCGGCGCAGCGGUGGAAACCAAAGCAGAGGUCUCAAGGACACGGAUGUCGCUUUCCCAGGAUUCAAAGCUCAACAUGGCGCAGGUCGCAGGGUCGCACCUGUCUCUGAGCGCGCUGACGGAUUCGGGCGACAGGUGUUUGGACGAGAGCUCGCGCAGGUUCAGCUGUCCCAGAUUGGAGCGAUCGGGCAGUAAGGGCUACAUUAAACUGGCUGAUCUGGGAGGAGAUUCGUUCGAGACGCCCGACGCAGAAAGAGAGGAGAAAACUCAGACACGUCUGCAUAAACACACUGCGUCAUUGUCACAUUUGUGAUAAACUCAACCCCCAAAAACCCUGUAAAGCCCGACUUAAUAGUCUUAACGGAACCUUUAGAAAACAAUUGUUUGCAUAUGCGUUUAUGUUUUGAGAAUAUGAGGCUCUUUUUUAUUCAGAGAG